AUGAAUUUAGAUUUUUCUUAACUUAAAGCCUAUACAAAUUCUUAAUUAGCUAUUAGGUUAUUUGUUCUAGGUUAAAAUAAUACUUCCUUAAUACCUUAAAUUAUACCUAAGCUAGAAGAAAAUGGUUUAUGCUUGUAAAAUUAUUUUCAUUUAUUUUAGAGCAGCUGCAAUUUUGGCAGAAAAAAUAAAAGUUUCUUAUUAAAGAGAAGAUUUAAAUUAAGCUAGAAAAUUAAUUACAGAAAAAAAGAAUCAAAUCUAACAAACGAAAAAUAUAUAAAAUCGAAAUGCUUUAAAAGAAUCCUUCAUCUAAUUAGGAGAUUUAUAUUUUAGAUUUGGAGACUUAGGUGAAGCUUAUGCUGCUUAUUAUAAAGCACAUGAAAAUAAUUAAACAUAAGAAGCCUUAGAUUAUGCCAAUUCAUGGGUAACCUGCAUGAUUUUAAGCAAUAAUUAUAUGCAUUAUAAAGUUAUUAAUGUCAAUCCUAAAGAUCAAAAUAUUAAAGCCUAUUAGAAAUGGUUAUUAUUAAGUGCCAUUAGAAAUUAUGUAAGAAUGGAUUACAAGAAUUUUUUAAAUGAUUUGUUGUAAAUUGAUACUAAUAAUCUUGAAUCUGUGGUUUUUAUAACAAGCUAUUUUGAUCUUAGCAAAUAUUUUGCUAUAGCUAGUCUUAUUACUAAAUUACCUAAAGAUGUUAUUGAACUUUUAUAACAUCCUUUUAUAAUUAGAAUACUUGAUGUAGAUCCUUCAGUAUUGGAGACUUUAAAUUGUUAUAUUGACUAUGAUUUUGUACAAUUAAUUAUGAAGUCCUAAUUACUUAUUGUAUUCAUAUUUGAUAUUCUAGGAUGAAUUGUAAAGAGAUAUCAUUUCAGCCCCAGUUCUACAAUAAAUAAAAGAAAAGAUCAUUUAUACUUUACUUAAAUAAGUAUAUAUAUUAAUUUCUAUAAAAAUAGUACAUUAUUAAUUUUAAAAGAAUGUCUUUAAAUUCAUUAGCUAAAUUAUUGAAUAUAAAAGAAUUUUAAGCGCAAGAAUUAGUUGAGAAAUUGAUUAAAGCUGAAAAUCUUAAUUAUGUAAUAGAUCCGAUUGAUAUGAUUGUUCAUGAAAAGUACACUGAUGAAUAAUUGUAAAUACGUCAAUGUCACUAACUUGGAAUAACAGUUUUAAAAACAUUAGAUCAAAAAUAUUUCUAAAUUCUUCAAGAUUAAAAAUGA